CUGAAACCGCUUGGAAUGGAAAAUGGCAACAUUAAAAACAGCCAGAUCACUGCCUCAUCUCAAUGGGAUGGUAACCACGCCGCCAUUCAGGGAAGACUGAACUACAAGAAAAAUGGACCCAAACAGGGAGGUUGGUCAGCUCGCACCAAUGAUCUCAACCAAUGGCUCCAAAUUGAUCUCAUUAACAAGUUUAACGUGGUGACACGAGUUGCAACACAAGGAAGAAAUGCGUAUAACCAGUGGGUGACGAAAUACAUGCUACAGUUCAGCGAUGAUGGAAUACAUUUCCAAUAUUAUCGGGGAGAAGGAAAAGCUUCAUACAUGGAAUUCGCCGGAAACACAGAUCCGAACACUGUUGUUGCUCAUCACUUAAAUCCACCAAUAGACGCAGGCUACAUCCGCUUUCUGCCAACAGCUUGGCAUAAACACGUUUCCAUGCGGGUGGAACUUUACGGCUGCAAAGUUUGUGAAAAACCUCUGGGCAUGGAAGAUGGACGCAUAGCUAACGGACAGAUCAGUGCCUCGUCAGAGUGGGAUCCAAAUCAUGCCGCCAUCCAAGGCAGGCUGAAUUUUAAGCAACGUGGAGCAAAACAAGGUGCAUGGUCAGCACGUGCAAACAAUGUCAAUCAAUGGCUUCAAGUUGAUCUUGGUUGCCAUCACACCUUAGUGACACGUGUUGCAACACAGGGAAGGAAUAAAUUCAACCAGUGGGUUACAAGAUACAUGUUGCAGUAUAGCAACGAUGGUAUACACUUUCAGUACUACAGAGAACAUGGGCAUCCAAACUAUAAGGUAUUUUCUGGAAACAAAAACCGAGACACGAUUGUUUCUCACCUCCUGAGUUCGCCAAUCGAGGCUCGUUUUCUCCGUAUCCGACCACUGGCCUGGUAUGGGCACAUAUCGAUGAGAGUGGAACUGUACGGAUGUGGAGGUAAUUACGAAUUAAAUGGAAACACUGACCGCGACACUGUUGUUUAUCAUAAGUUAAAUCCAUCAAUCACGGCACGUUACAUCCGUUUUCGGCCUGUUGCUUGGCAUCGCCAUAUAUCUAUGAGAAUGGAAAUCUAUGGGUGUGAAGUAUGCAAUCACGCUCUCGGCAUGGAAGAUCGUGGAAUCUCUAACUGGCAAAUCACCUCCUCAUCUCAGUGGGAUUCAAAUCAUGCUGCCAUACAGGGAAGACUCUUCUUCCAAGCAGCUGGACGUAAGCGAGGGGCCUGGUCGGCUAGAGCAAAUAAUAUUAACCAGUGGCUACAGAUUGACUUGGGUUGUGAAGACAACAUAGUGACACGUGUUGCGACACAAGGCAGAAAUGCAAUCAACCAGUGGGUUACAAAAUACAUGCUGCAAUACAGCAAUAACGAUGCACAUUUCGAGUACUACAGGGAGCAAGGACGAUCACAAAUCAAGGUAUUUACUGGAAACUCCAACCGCGAUACUGUUGUUAGUCAUCCAUUGCAUACGCCAAUCGAAGCACGGUACAUCCGCUUUCGCCCAAGAGCAUGGCACGGUCAUAUAUCCAUGAGGGUUGAACUCUAUGGCUGCAAAUCAGGGAUUUAUGGCCUGCAGAUGAAAAUGCUAAUGUUUGGAACGAUCUUGUUUCUUUCUGGUGCUGUAGUCCUGGGAAGCAGCAUAACGCCUGAGGUUUCAAAAUGCGAUAAAUCCUUUGGCAUAGAAAAUGGCAACAUCGAGAACAGCCAGAUCACUGCCUCAUCUCAAUGGGAUAGUAAUCACGCCGCCAUUCAGGGAAGACUGAACUACAAGAAAAAUGGACCCAAACAGGGAGGUUGGUCAGCUCGCACCAAUAAUCUUAACCAAUGGCUCCAAAUUGAUCUCAUUAACAAGUAUAACAAGGUGACGCGAAUUGCAACACAAGGAAGAAAUGGAGCAGAUCAGUGGGUUACCAAAUACAUGCUUCAAUACAGUAAUGAUCGAGCACACUUCCAAUUUCAUCGGGAAGAAGGAAAAGCUUCCUACAGGGUAUUUAUAGGAAACACGGAUCGGGACACAGUUGUCACUCAUCAUCUAAAUCCCCCAAUCAGAGCACAUUACGUACGUUUUCUACCAAAAUCUUGGCACAGACACAUUUCCAUGAGGGUUGAACUUUAUGGAUGUAAAGUAUGUAAUAAACCUUUGGGCAUGGAAGAUGGACGAAUCUCCAAUGGACAAAUCAGUGCCUCCUCAGAGUGGGAUGCCAAUCAUGCCGCCAUCCAAGGCAGGCUGAAUUUUAAGCAACGUGGAGCAAAACAAGGCGCGUGGUCAGCACGUGCAAACAAUGUCAAUCAAUGGCUUCAAGUUGAUCUUGGUUGCCAGUACACCAGAGUGUCACAUGUUGCAACACAAGGAAGGAAUGGAUACAACCAGUGGGUUACAAGAUACAUGCUGCAGCAUGGCAGCAACGAACUACACUUCCUGCACUACAGGGAACAUGGGCAACCUGACUACAAGGUGUUUGCGGGAAACACCGACCGAGACACUAUCGUUUCGCACCUUCUCAGCUCCCCAGUCUCUGCGCGGUUUAUCCGAUUUCUGCCUACAGCCUGGCACGGACACGUAUCUAUGAGAGUGGAAAUUUACGGCUGUGGAGGUAACCAAAGUGAAUAA